CGAGCUGCUCGGGCUGGACUGAUGGCAAAUCCAUAGAACUGGCAAAAAUCAAAAAUGGCGCCCAGCUCGAAAUCUGAGAAAGAUGACAACAAACAAAAACACCAGAGAAAACAUAAAGAUCACAUCAUCAAACUCCUCACGCGAGGCCGGCUGAAUGGGCAGCUCUCGCAGCGGCUCUUCCGAAAACUCCCUCCUCGCGUCUGUGUCCCGCUGAAGACCAUCGUCAGUGAGGAGUUCCUCAGAGCAGGGCACAUCUUCCUGGGCUUCACCAAAUGCGGGCGGUACGUUCUGUCCUACACCAGUGACUGUGGAGAGGACGAUGACUUCUCCUUCUACACGUAUCACCUGUACUGGUGGGAGUUUAACCUGCACAGCCGCCUCAAACAGGUGCAUCAUGUGCGUUUGUUUGCGGGUGAGGACAUCUACACCGAUCUCUAUCUAACCGUCUGCGAGUGGCACAACGAUCAUUCCAAGCUGGUCGUCUUCGGCUUCAACACACGCAGCUCCAGUUCAGCCCUGAUGAACAUGAUGAUGAGUGAUGAGAACAACAGAGACAUCUACAUCACCAUCACCUCAAUGCCUCCUGCACAGCCGUGCAAACAGUGCUGUCCCACGUCCACCGUGUCCACCAUACGCACAGGGGGCGAGUGUCUGCAGCACGGUUACGUUCUGAACGCUCGCUAUCAAGUGGUUUAUCCGUUCCCGACCUUCCAGCCGGCGCUGCAGCUGAAGAAGGACCAGGUGAUCCUGCUCAACACCAGCUACUCUCUGGUGGCCUGCGCCAUCUCCCUCUGCCCAGGAGACGGACAGCAGGAUUGUCAAAACAAUCAGAUUCUGUACCGAAAGAGAGAAACGUCCUCCUCCUCUCCUCCUCCUCCUCCUCCUCCUGCUGGACCUUCAUCACCAUCCUCAUCCUCAUCGACCUCAUCUGAGGGGUCACCUGACCUCAGCCAGUUAAAGCCCCAUUUCACCCCGCUCUCCCCCGGCCAAUCACAGGCUGCUGUGCGGGCCAGGGAGUUCGCCGCUGACAUUUUCCGCCGAGCUCAGGCCGGAACGAGGGAACACGACAGGUGCAAAGCCAAAGAGAAAGAAGAGAGGGACCCCCAGCGCUCCCACGGCGAGGAAGAGCGAACGAGGGAGAGACGUGAACGAGACGCUGAGGUCCCGGGACCCUCGUCUUCCUCCUCUGCAGGGAACCAGAACCAGAGUACAGUGCCGCCCGCAGAGGAAAGCGCUGUGUGUAGCACAGUCAUGUCUCCGGGAUCCCUCUCCUCCGUCUCCUCUCUGUCUCCACACGCUCAUGAACCUUCAUCCUCCUCUUCCUCCUCAGAACCUGCUUACGUCAACUACUCCACUCUCAGAUACAGACUCCCACAGGCCAGAGCGGCGGAGCAGCCCAGUGGAGACGAGGAUGAUAAAGUGCAGCUUCCGUUCACUGUGACGGAUCUGAAGGGGCGAAACUUGCAGCUGGUGACGGGACAGUACAGCGGUCAGUGUGUGUGUAUCGAGCAGCUGACGCUGGAUUUCGAGUAUCUCAUCAACGAGGUCAUCAGGAAUGAUGCUGUCUGGGGCUCGCAGUUCUGCUCCUUCAGCGACUAUGACGUCGUCAUCCUCGAGGUUUGCCCGGAGACCAACAAAGUGGUGAUCAACAUCGGGCUGCUGCUACUGGCCUUCUCUAAUUGUGAGGAUGAGCACUGCAGACCAAAGUCGUAUCACUCCAGUCUGCAGGUCAGUUGGGACUUAAACACGGGAGCUUGUCGCACAGUCGGCGUGGGCGACCUCACUGAGGUCAAAGGUCAGACCAGCGGGAGUGUGUGGAGCUCCUACAGGAAGUCGUGUGUGAACACCGUGAUGCGGUGGCUCGUCCCCGAGAGCAGCUCGCGCUACAUCAACCGCAUGACCAACGAGGCCAUGCAUAAAGGUUCUUCUCUCCAGGUGUUGGCUGAUAAUGACAGAAGCACGUGGAUCGUCCUGUGAGAGACGACACACACACACACACACAC